AUGCCUUCUACCCCACCCAUAUUUUCAAGCUAUGCAGCUUUCUCAGCGUUCAUUUCUUCCGACACCGAGCUCUCCCUCUACAGAACCUUCCACGCUCUAAGUUCUAGGAAUCUCUUGUAUCUCCAAAGUUCCCUCUUAGGGCUCGAGAACAGACUAAAGGAGCUCGACGAGGAAGACCUGAAAGGGCUAAAUAUUAACAACUUUUUCUCUGCAAAAUGCUGGGAGACAUUUUCGGACAGGGCCAAAGAGCAUCCAAGAGAAGCUGAAAGGAUGGAACUUAUCAUGAUGAUCAAGAAACAAAUUAAAGAAUAUCACGAGGCGCUCCUCCUACAGUCCGAAGUUCUCAAAUUCUCGAAACCGAGUAAGCGUGUGUUUCGAGUCUUCCAGGGCUGGUUCGAAAGCGAAAAACCAUUCGUAGGCUAUGGAAAUGAACUCCUUCAACAACGAGAUGACUUCGUCGCUCUCAAACCUUCUCCUGAUCAAGAUUUCCUGGCGAGAUUCUUACAGGACCUUGGAGGAAGAUGCCUUCUUGGCACAAGACACACAACGUCCAAAGAAGUGAAAUACUACUCGUCUACGCUCGUCUCACGCCUAGCCACAAUAGUCACAGUACUUGCCGCUUCAUUGGUAAUUGAAGGGGCAAUCGUCGCGUUGUAUAUUGUGCAAAAUCAGCAUGUCAGGUUAGGAUUAAUAGCACUGUUUACUAGCAUUUUUGCAGCGAGCUUGGCUGUCAUGACUGACGGGAGAAGAACGGAUAUCAUCCUUGCAACAGCGGCGUGUGCGGCUGUAUUGGUGGUUUUUGUGUCCCAAAGCUCUGGUGUAGGUCCUAGAACGACAAGUUGA